CAUCCCAUAGUAACUGUUUCAAUAUUAAGGUUAUUGAAGUGCAUGGUCUAAAGUAACGUAUUGCUCAACUAGCCCACCGCACAGACGUCAGUUUUUGUUUUAUUUGGUUGAGUUGUCAAACAACGUGAAAUCAACCAAAAAUGUCACCCUGUCAUUGGAUUUAGGUUAAAAGUUGCAUGACAAAAAUACGAAAUUCCCUUACUUUGAUGACUUUUUAAUAAAUCAGUUUUCCACGUUGAUUGAACGGCAUCACAUUUAAUUGUUUUGUUGAAAUUACAUUGAUUCAACCUGUUUUUGCCCAGUGGCGGGCUACUGCCACUCAAUAUUUUGCAAAUGUCCAAUGUUAAUAGACGCUAUUGGGCAGAUGAUCAGUAUUGAUAGCCUGUGGUAUGCAUUUGAAUCAUUCACCCCCCUAAUACAGUUUAUGAAAUAAUGAUGUAGGCCUAUAGGCUAUACUGGCAAAAGGCCCAUGCACGACAGAUGCUGGAAAUACCACCGUUGGUACCCCCUAAAUCAAUAUGCAUUAAGAAAGUAGUGCGCAGUUGGGAAGGAUGGUUCGAGAAAACAAUAGUGUGUGGGGACAUCGCACCGUAGACCAUGUGCCAUUGAUUACCAUACAGCUGUUCGCAUGAAGUUCACACAAAGGCAACUGCCAUGAUAUCCAAAACUCUAGUGCGAGUGCCCUCCCCAAUUCAACCAGUUAACAAUAGACCCCCGAAUAUCCCCGAGGCGCACAAUGAAAGGUCUUAUCCGUAACCUGUCUGCUUUUGUCGGCUAGCACGCGUCUGAGCAAUUAUUUUGGGACUGAAGAAAGGGCAGACCAUGCAAUUCUUCCAUACAGCCUUCAGAUCGAUAUUUAGCCUACCAAAAAACCAAUAAGGGCAAUGAAUUAUUAUGCCAACGUUUUGUGAAAAAACUUAUUUGGAAUAUAAAUUAUAAGCCUAAGUAUAUAGGCUGUAUCAAAUAAUAGGUUAUAACCACAAAUGUAACCUAGUCCGUCAGGUGAUACUGUCUAUCAAUUAAUAAACCAUUUAUUUAAUACCGGUAGGCUAAAGUUCUUGCAUUAACAACGUUCUCUUUACAUGUUUCCAAUUUUUUAUUUUAUUUUUUAAUGUCUGAUAGAAGUUGAAUAAUUAAAUAUGUAGGUCUAAACAUGCCGUUUUAGAUGCAGGUGUCAUUCUAUUUCCAUAGGCUAGCUAGCCCACAACUCCAAAUUAGUGGACAUUUGGCUAUUCGUAUUACUGUAUAAAAUGCUUCUUGAUCCAAUCACACUUUAAAAUAUGAUUAUGGUCGAAGUAUAGGCCUUGUGCCUUCAAAUUUAAUUAGCACCAAAUACACACGCAUCCCACAUAUACUGGUUGUCCCUUGGGUCUUUCCCUGUCCCGCCUCCUAACGCGCGAAGGGGGCGCAUCAGGGGUAUAAAACCCAAAUCAAUCUCAUUCAGCACCAGAACCAAAACAAGUGAAGACCACGACCAGGGAAAAGGGAAGAGCGAUAACUUUUAAUGCCUUUUCACACUUAUUUUAUGGUGUGACUGCAAGGAUAUUUUUCUACAGCUUUAGCUAUUUGAUUUUUUGGGAAUAAGCGCGUGUCACUUCUAUUGGACACAACGAAUGCAUACACCUGCGGAUUGUUGUAUAGCUACCAACCAAACAAGUGACAUAAAUGGCCUCACUACCCUUUAGAUGUGUCUUGGCUUUGGUUGUAAUGCAAGUGGUAUCGUCCUCUGGAGUGUUCGAGCUGAAAGUCCAUUCGUUCAACACUGCCCACCGCAUAUGCAGAAGGCAUAGAGACUGCCACAUAUUUUUCCGAAUUUGUCUAAAACACUCGGAGGACGUUAUCCAUGCGGAGCCACCAUGCACGUUUGGAACGGGACACACCAACGUCAUCCGCGCAGAUCAGACCUCGAUUUCCAGCAGCGCUCCAAUUAGAAUACCGUUCCAUUUCAAGUGGCCGGGAACAUUUUCACUGAUAAUUGAAGCAUGGAACGCAGAAACCCCUACAGAAUACACAGACAACCAAAACAACCUUGUCAGCCGCUUGGCAACCAGAAGAAGACUGGCCAUCGGCGAGGACUGGUCUCAAGACGUCCACUUCGGAGAGCAGAGCGAGCUGCGCUACUCCUACCACGUAUUCUGUGACGAGUACUACUUUGGCGAUAGCUGCGCGGAGUACUGCAGACCCCGCGACGACACUUUGGGCCACUACACCUGUGACGAGGAGGGGAACAAACACUGUCUGGAGGGCUGGAAGGGCAACUACUGUUCUGAUCCCAUCUGCUCGGCGGACUGCAGCGAGAGGCACGGCUACUGCGAGGCCCCUGGGGACUGCAAGUGCAGGAUGGGCUGGCAGGGGCCCUCAUGCAAUGAGUGUGUGCGUUACCCAGGCUGCCUCCAUGGCACCUGCGGCCAGCCAUGGCAGUGUGACUGCAAGGAGGGUUGGGGCGGCCUCUUCUGUGACCAAGACCUCAACUACUGCACCAACCACCGGCCAUGUGCCAACGAUGCCACCUGCACCAACACAGGCCAGGGCAGCUACACCUGUACCUGCCGCCCGGGCUACAGCGGCACCAACUGUGAGCUGGAGACCAACGAGUGUGACAGCAACCCCUGCAAGAACGGCGGCAGCUGCAAUGACCUGGAGAACGACUACUCGUGCACCUGCCCCCAGGGCUUCUAUGGGAAGAACUGUGAGAUCAUUGCCAUGACGUGUGCCGACGGGCCUUGCUUCAACGGGGGCACCUGCAUGGAGACGCCAACGGGGGGCUAUACCUGCCGUUGCCCUCCCACAUACACCGGCUCCAACUGCGAGAAGAAACUAGACCGCUGCAGCAACAGCCCAUGUCUGAAUGGUGGUGAGUGUAUAGACCUGGGUCAGAGUGUGCUAUGCCGCUGCCGCUCCGGGUUUACCGGUGCCAACUGCCAGAUCAACAUCGAUGACUGUGCCUCAGUACCCUGCCAGAAUGCUGGCACCUGCCAGGACAAUGUGGAUGACUACACAUGCUCGUGCACGUUGGGCUACGCCGGCAAGAACUGCAGUGUGCGUUCCGACGCCUGUGGCCGCGGUGCCAGCGCCCAGCCCUGCCAGAAUGGCGGCACCUGCUUCACCCACUUUACGGGUCCUGUGUGUCAGUGUCCGACAGGUUUCAUGGGACCUAGCUGUGAGUUCACGCUGCAGCUCAGCUUCCAGCCCGCUUCCCAAAUGACAAAUAAGCCUUCCUCUGCCACCCUCACUGCCUCUUGCAUCCUGGCGUUACUUGCCCUUGGCCUAGCGGCGGGCAUCGUGGUGCUGCGGCGGCACCGGCUGCGUAGUAGGAAGCAACUGAGUGACACAGCAGUGUUUAACGACCUGGAGACCGUGAUCAACCAUUUCCCUAGCGAGAGAGAGGCUUUCCUGGGGCCCAGUGGUCUGUUCAAGAUCAGCAAUAGCGACCCGCGCCUCAGCUUGGCAUCGCUUGUAUCGCUGAGCCCCCCAGAUGACAGGACAGGCCGGGGACUUGGGGGGGAGCACCGUUCUCUCUCCCCUGGACAGGACUACCUCUGGAGGGGGGAGAGUGGGGCUGGGCUAAGAUGAGCCACUGGUCUGGACUCAAGAAGGACAGAAAGAGGAUACAGGACAGCCACGCACCUGGGAAGGGAGGGCGGGACAGAAAUGGGGAGGAAGAACAGGGGAUCGUCAGCACUUCUUUUUUCUCUUUUUAUGAAAUGAUAAGUGAAUGAAGAAAAGGACAAAUGCUACGAAUGGUUGGAUUCCUGUCAUCAUUUUUACGUUGAAAAUGUAAACAAACAAAGAAAAAAACAUGUUGGAAAUAACCUCUUGUCAUGAAGAACAACAGUAAGUGACCUCUUGAAGUUCGAGAACUUUAGGAAAUCUCCUCAGAGAAAGGUCUUCCACGUCAAAUAACCCAAAGAGACGACUACCAAUACCACAUGACCACUUACGUUGGACACUGACCUCUCUAUCAUUGCCCUUGCUGCAACACAGUCAUAUUCACCAAAUGACUCGAAGAACCAUUUAAACCAAAUACAGGAAGACCUAAUUCCCUGACCUGUAUGUUUUUGGAACACCAGCGCACAAUAAUGACUUAUCAAUGACCUUCAAGGAGAGGAUAUAUUUUCUGGAUUGACUUCACUGUGUUUUUGUUUGUUUGCACAUUUCACCAGAACUCUAAUUUGAGCAAUUCCAAAAGAUAAAACAUAUUUUUGUCAUUGAAAAAUGUACUGUGAUUUCUUCUAACAUACAUACAUCAGUCGGUAUACCAUCAUUUUAUUUGUUAUUUAUUUAUUGUGUAAAAUGUUUGUCAAAUCUUCACCUUUUUUGCCACAAAUCCAGAGAUGUAUUUAUGUGAUCCUAAAUGAACAACCUGUAAUGGAUGUUCUGCAUCUUUGUGUGUUGCUGUGUAUUCUAAAUAGCCCAUGAAUACUCCAGGAAGAAACACAAAAUUGAUUUAUGACCUGAAAUCAAUGAACAUGUAACUUUGAUACACAGAUCUUGACAUAAGUAUUGCUGUUUCUGAAGAACAGCCAGUGUAAUUUUAUGUUCAUGCCAAAGUUUGUGUUUAGUCUGGCAUUUGCUCUCAAAAAAAAUGUUUUGUUGUUGUGUUUGUAAUGUGUUGAAUAAAGAUUAUAAAAUCA